AAGCAUUGCCGGAAUUGUCAGGCGCAGUGACUUUCGAAGUACCACUUUUGAAUAUCAAAAUUUCGGAACACCAGCUCCCUUGCCCUAGUACAGCCCUGCCCAUUCCUGCAGCUCCAGCUCGAGCGCCACAUCGAUGAUCUAAAUUGAACCGAGUACGCCUUUCCCCAAGUAGCAGUGGCCGUAUCCGUAUUCCGCAUCCCGUCCUAGAACAGACUGCCCAAAGACACUACCACAUCAGCUACUGGCGCUUGGUAUGUAUGUGUGUGUAUGCGGUUCGGUUGGCCAACCGCAAAAUUCUUGGCAAACAAAAUAAAGAAAACUAACUUGGUUGGGCAAAAGCAAAGCUAAGGAAAGCAAAGCAGAGCCAAGCGGCAACGGAAAUUGUUAACCUUUGGGGAUAUCAAACAUUUACGAUUGCGUGGCAGCGGCAGCGGCGGCAACAUUUAAGUUUUUAUCAGCACAAAAUAAAGUUUUGGUUUACGGAUUGUGUUCCUGUCCGCCCACGCUCCCUCCCCCCCCUUUUAUCAUCCCACACUUUUUGGCCAGCGGCAGCUACAAGUGCCCAGGAGCCAGGAAAGGAGCAAAAUUCAGGAGCAAAAGCAGAAACAGGAACAGGAGCAGGAUCAGGGGCUGAAGGCUCGUCCCUGUUGAAUCCGGGGCACGCAGAACUUUUAUCCUUUUCAAUUUCGUUUUUCUUCGCCGAGUACUUUUGAGGGAUUUAAAUUUGUGUUUGCUGCCGAGCCAGCAGCGAAACAACAACCGUGGGAGCGGCGGCAUCGAGUUGCUGGCGACCAGAUUUAUAUUAAUAAUCAUUUCCUUCAGCCGUCAUGAAGGAAAAAAAGAAGAGCCGCAGAGAUCCCACCUCGACACUUGAAGCACCUGAACCAUCACGGGUCGUCAACACGGAGGGCGUCCAACUGAACGUGGAUGCCCAAUCCUCUGGGGAAGAUGAUCACGCUGCUCCAUUUAUCCUGGUAGACUGUGCGCAAUAUACAUGCCGUUCGGACUUGGUGGCAAUCCUGAGCCAAGUAGAAAAGGAACGGAUGGAAAAGGUGCAGGCAGAUAUAGAGAAUAACUAUUUUUCCAUGCUGGAGGACAUGGAACCACCUCCCGAAUUAGAUAUGCCCAUUAACCUGAGCUCCCAGGCACUGGCCAAACUGAAAGACGCAGAGGAUGAGCGCCGCUUCAAGGAGGAUCUGCAGAGUCUUAGGAUUGCUGGAGUGGAGGGGCAGGAGCUAGAUACUUCCAUUAGCCUGGGCAACACCACUAAUCCCCAGUUCAAAUCCCUGUCCGACAUGACAAUAGAAGACGGCCAGCUAUUGCUGCGGACCAUGGCAAGUAUGGAACCGAUGCGCUGCAAGUUGGAGCAGCUCAAAAAUGUGCACGAGAAAUCUGGGUCAGCAGAAUCGGCUCCACAGGUUAAAGGCACAACCUUGAUUCCCCUACCAGGCCUGCGUCGGCAGGGAACCUUUGAAAUUAAACGUAAAAAGGUCCAACAGCUAGGACAUCCCGAGGUUUCCACUAACCCAGCAGUUGGCCAAAAGGAAAAAUUUCCAUCAGCUUGCAGGGGAGGAGAAAGCGAGAAAGUUAUUUCGGAGGCCGACAGGAUUUUCAGCCAGAUUGGCGAUCUGCUCGUGAAACUGCAGCUCCAACACGAGGGCAGCAAAGUCCUGGACAAGGGAUCCUCGUACGCCUACAUGGUGACCAUCAAGCCAGAUGGAGGUGCCUCCAAUUGCUCAGUCUAUGCCAUUACAAAGCUCAAAUCCCACGAAGUGAAGGAGGAUCUAAAAAGUUCACACACUCCAUUGAUCAACAUUUUAUCCCCCGGUGAUGGAGUACUAAAGGAGGCUUCCCAGUUGUCCACGAACACACAAUAUAUCGAUGGCAGCUCCAUUGGGCUGAUGCCACUUCACGAAACGCCAACCUCCAGGAUCAAACCACCUAUUUUGCGAAAGAGAUCCUGUUCUUAUAUGAGGGUUUCCAACCCAGCCAGAUUUUGCCAUGGCAGGAAGAAAAACUAGGUUGGUUGGUAAUCAUUGUUUGUAUAGAAGCCAUUCAGUUUCUAACAAAAACAUAGUUAAAAAAUGAGUUAAGAACAGCCAGGCCAUAAUAUAUCAGUUUCCAUUCUCUAAAGAACGGUAAUAGUUCUACUAAUGCAGAGAAAAAUGAUUUAAGGAAUUGCGGCACUAAUAUAAAAUACUCUGUGAUAUAAAACAAUUAUAUUUUUAUAAAUCAUUAAUUAAAAUGUAACCUACA